CUCCACCAUGCCCAUCUUCUACUCGCUUGUGGCACGGGACACCACUGUGCUUGCUGAGCAUGCCGAGUCGGGCGCGCCGGCUGACGUCGCACGUACCGCUGGCGACAUCCUCGCCGGAGUGGAUGUGAGCCGUGGAAACUUGCAGUCGUACUCCAAGGGUGAGUUCAUGUACCACUACUCGCGGACCGAGGCGCUGACCUUCCUCUGCGCAGCGUCGGCGGACAUGGAUCGCCGCCUGGCCUUCGGCUUUCUCUCCGACAUUGCCAAGCGCUGGGGCCAGGAAUUUGGCCGCGAGGGCGACCGUGCGGCGCCUUACGGCAUGAACGACCGCUUCCGCGGCGUCCUACGUCAGCGCAUGGACUACUUUUCGUACGACCCCAACGCAGACUCGAUCAAGCGCGUCAAGUCGCAGGUCGACGAGGUUCGCGGCAUCAUGGUCCAGAACAUUGACAAGGUACUUGAUCGUGGCCAGAAGAUCGAGGUGCUCGUCGACAAGACCGAGCGUCUCGACACCACCUCGUUCAAGUACAAAAAGUCGGCGGUUCAGCUCAAGCGCAAGAUGUGGUGGCAGGACAAGAAGUGGUGCUGCAUCCUCAUCCUCCUCUGCUUUGUCAUCGUUUACGUCAUCCUCGCCUUUGCUUGCGGCGGUCCCGCGCUCAACAAGUGCGUCCACCACUCGUCAAAGGUUGUGCCCGCGCCCGCGCCCGCGCCCGCACCAUCCCCACCGCCCACCCCCGCCCCGGCGCCUACCCCGGCGCCCACCCCUGCCCCAGCGCCAGUGCCCGCCCCAGCAUCGCCGCCGCCACCGACUGCAAACGCGACGGCCGUCCUCGCAUAA